AAGUGCGCAACUGUGAAGGGCGCAUAACUUUGGGAAGUACUACAAGAUUCGUUCAUGCAAAGCACUGUCGAUAAUGCAGUUUCGGAGAGAAAUGACUAUUGUUAUGGUCGAGCGAAAGUUGUAAUACUCAAAAAAGAGAUAAAAUUUAGAUAGAAAUUAUAUCAAUUAUUCAAAAAUUAGUCUCACAUGUAAAAUGUUUAUUGGAAAUUAGUUCAAACAUUAAAUUUAAUCAGUCAUGACAGCAGUGAAAGUUCAUGGUGAAAUUGAUAUCUUAAGACUUCCAGUAAAUCAAGAGGAACACGUAUUUCCUCCAUGGCUCAUUAAAUAUACUCAGUCACAUAUACUUCAUUCUAAGUGUUCAAAAAGAGAAAAUGGUUGUAAUGAUACAGAUGCGGAUGUUUGUCAAUUUUGCAUGUAUAGUCGUACUUUAGAACUGCCCCACAUGCCAGACAUGGUAUUUCCAAAUAAUGUGUUGACAUUAAAACAUAAGGAUGGUGCUACCUUAGAAUUCAAUGCUUUAGAUGCAUUGAAAACUGUGUCCAAUGGAAAAAUUAAUGUCCAAUUAGCAUGUGCUGAAGCGUGGAAAGAAUCUAGAGCAGAAAGCAGUGAAUACUUAGAAGAGAAGAUAAAACCAUUUGAUUGGACAUUUACAACUACGUACAGUGGAACAAUAUCUAGUUUUGAAAUCCAAGAAACUAGUGAAAGAAUUGAUAUGGAUAAGUUAAGAAGAAGAGAUAAAAUUUUGUUUUAUCAUGAUUUAACAUUGUUUGAAGAUGAACUUCACGAUAAUGGUAUUGCAGUUUGUUCUGUAAAAAUUCGUGUGAUGCCUACUAGUUUUUUCAUUUUAUUAAGAUAUUUUUUGAGAAUUGAUGGUGUAAUGUUGAGAAUAAAUGAUACCCGUAUUUAUCAUGAAUUUGGACAUAAUUACUUAUUGAGGGAAUACACAACACGAGAAGCUAAAGUUGAAGAUAUAAAAGCUCCACCAUCACUUUUUAUAGAACCAAGCGAAAUAGCUCCCCAUUUGCCCUUAACUGGAAGUUAUUAUCAUAAAUUGAUUGUUCUUUCAAAUAAAUCGGAAUCUAUCACAAACGAGAAAAACGUUAAUGCGGCAACAUGUAACAGUAAAGCUGUCUGUACUAACGAUGUUAAAACGGACGGUUCGGUUACUUAAAAUUUACUUGCACGCGUAAAUACAUUAUAAUUUAAAGUAAUUAUUAACAGAGCAUUUACUAUCAAAAUAAAAAUAAAAUUCUUCUAAUUACAAUACAGUACAAUAAUUUGAAAAUUAUU